GCUGCGAGGUCACCUUCUCAGUCCGUGCCGAGACGAGCUUUGGAGACCGGAUCGUGCUCGUUGGAAGUGGAGAUGCAUUGGGGAACUGGAAUCCUUGGGACGGGAGCAUUGAGCUCACAACGACGGAAAAGGAUUACCCGCUGUGGAAGUCCAUUCCGCUAAAGCUCGGAAGUAGUGGAGUAGAAUACAAAUACGUGCGCCUCAAGGGUGACGGUGAGGCAGUCUGGGAGUUUGAUGGGCACAAUCGCUGCGUGUCGCCGGACGCUAUGACGACUUCGUCUGUCGUGGAUGACGGCGACUUUGGUGAAGCAUUGGAGGAGGCCUUUUGUUAUCCCCAGGCACUUGCAAACAAGGAAGAUCGAGGCGCCAGUUUCAAUCUGCCUGAUGGAAAUGGAAUGCAGCUCGUAGUAAUUGGCGAUGACUCUGCCGUUGGACACGGAGCGAGAGGGUACAACGGUUGGGCAGCACAGCUCGGCAAACUGUUGAAUCAGCAGUAUGGCUAUGGCUACUCUAAUGCCGCUCAAAUAGGAUCGUGUGUUCAGGAGACUUUGAAGAAGGGUCUUGUGAGCAUGCUGCCCCGUCCGACCCCGCAGGUUGUAAUUUUCGGAUUCAGCAUGGAGCUACGAUGGCUUGCAACCUGCCCAGAAUGGGACAGAAAGACGAUCUACGACAAUACCAUGAAGGCCUUUUCAGCUCUCGCUGCAGAUGCCUGGGACCUGGGCAUUAUGCCUGUCUUUGCCGGCCUCACUCCGAACAGCGGCUUCGAGAAGGAGCAGGCGAAGCUGCUUCGAGAUGCCGAUGGUGAAAUGAAGGGCAUGGGUGUUCCGGUGCUCGACUGGCUGCAUGCAAUCACCAAGGGCGGAGACAAGUUCGGGACUUGGACUGAGGGCUUGGCCCACAGCUCAAUGCAUCCCAACACAUCAGGCCAUGAGAAAAUGUUCUCUGCAAUCGAUAUCAACAUCUUCGACCCCCAGAAGGUCACAGAACUUCUGCAGAAGCGCGCUGCUGAUCUGAAAGAUGUGACCAGAGAAUGCUUCAAUGAUGGCAGGGGCUUGAUCAUCAGUUAUCAUGCAGAGCGAAAGGAGCUGAUUGUCGAGAACAAGACAGACGACCAGUACGAGUUGAAUCCAGGUUGGGGAGACUUGCAAGCCAGCUUAUCUGCAGCCUUCAGGGAAGCUCCGUGGUCGCUUCGGCGGGGUCUCUACUUAAGGCAUUCGGAUGAUGAGAGCAGCCUCUUCUCCGUCUACCUCGGAGAUUCCGGCAUGCUUGGCUCCGUGGGCCAGGUGCCUCCGCGCAGUGUAGCAAGGCUGCGGCACAUCGGGCGGCAUCUGGAUGGCCUUCCAACGAAGAGCCAAGUCCUAUUUUGUGAUGAGAACCUCCAAGCUGUCAAGACUGAAUCUGGACGCCUGCAGCUCUUCAACCAGGCAGCAUGCGAGUACAAUGUGCAUCCGAUGUGGUAUGAUGUUCGCCAAGCGACAAAGAAGAUGGAGCAUGGCGUUUAUGAGGACCUUUCAGGACAGGCGUUUCGGACUGCGAUUAUCUCUUGCCAUGGCCUACAGUCACGGGUCAAGGUGCCAGCGAGAUCCGCAGUGGAACUGCGACGCGUUGGGGAUCUAAAGUCCAUCGACCAGGUAGCCGUGCUUCCUCUCGGCGACCGCUGCUCCACACGCAUGCUCUUGCACAAAAUCGAGUUCGACGGCCCUUGCUACCCCUUUGAUCUCACAAGAACCACCAGCCUUGGUGAUGUUGUGGACAUGGUGGCCACCGGCUUUGAAGAUAUGUGGAAUCCAGACCUUCUGUGCUAUGACGGUGAGCUUGGUCGCAUCUUCCAUCGCAAGUGGAGUGGCUUGUCCUUUGCUCACGAAGUGGAGUACGAGAACGGAGAGGAUCCGAUCGGAAACUUCGCACCGAUUGUGGAAAGGAAGCGGUACACUGGGAGAGCUGCUCGUUUCGACUGGGCCUGCAAGAAUGCUGAUCACGUCCUCUUUGUUCGGACUGGAAUGUGGAUCAGCUUCAUGGGGUUACAGGCUUUUGAGAUUGGACAGGCGCGACUUCUGCUGAUUUCAGAGCAAGAGACCUCCGAGUUCAACGGGCUGAAAGACUUUGUCCAUGUCCGCGAGAGCUUCGAUCCUGACAGGUCAGAGGUUGUGAAGUUCUCGCAUGCCAACCUCUACGAGUUGCAUCAGGCCAUAAUGUUAAUUCGGGCUCUUCUUGGGUCGAGGCAGAGGCCAAGAGACGGCGAGAUCUCGAGUCGUCUCGUGCGCCAUCCUUUGCAUCCGGUUUCGCUGGCCGUGGAUGUGCAAGGUGCAUCGCGCACGACAUGGACCACAGAAGUCUCCGCGGAGAUGUCGCAUCCGCCUUCGGAGCCCGGCGAGAGGGUCGCCACACAGAAAGAGCCCGGAGGCAGCGGCCUUCGAACACUUUCUGCCGAGGAUAAGCUGCGAAUUGGAAACCUCAUCAAGGUGCUGGCACAGGAGCGAAAGGACAAGGAGGAACUUCAGCAGAUGUUGGGUCAGCAAGCGAGCAAAAUGCAGGACAUGGAGCAAGAGCGAGAUCGUUCCAGGAAGAAGGAGGCCGAGCUCGUUGGACGUGUUGCCCGCUCACUCCGCUUGUUGAAGACGUGCCAGACGCCAUUUGCCGGACAAGGCCAUCCGCAGGCGGGAACCGACGCUGACUCCAAGCAACGCGACGACGGUGAGCAGCCCACCCAGACGAGGACACAGGACUGCACUACCGUCCAAGCAGACCUUGAGUCAAGCCGUUGCAAUGCGCUUCAAGAUGCGGAGCCCCAGCAUGUUGAAGAUGCUGAGCUCUCCACCCGGCCAGCGAAGACCCUCAAGGUGUUUUCUUUGAAGCCCCCUCAGCUUUCGUUGCUUCAGCGCUAUCUGUCCAUCCAAGAGGAGUCUCACUGCGACGCGGUGCCAAGUGCGAGUGGGCCUUUGCCGAAGCGGCAGUGGACACCCGAACGAGCGAGGCAUCCAACUUUCAUGGCAGAUGCUGCUGUGCAGACGCCGCCAAGCGAAGCUACGCAGAUCAGCGCAAGUUCACCGAGGCGGCGUGAGAGUCUUCAGCAGCCGAAGGUGGUAAGCCCACGGGUCAUCCAAGAUCCAAGCCCACAGCGGCUCCGGCUGGGAGCACCGCGUAGAUGGAGACACAGGGAUCGCUGCAAGCCCGAGGCCAGCGAUCCCAACAACCACUUCGCAAGUGCCAGCUCGUGGUCCGCACAGGCAAGCCUUGCCAGUCCAGCCAUCAGCCAGUCGGCGCUACAACGUAGGAGCCAGCAGCCGGGACCGGGGAGCCCAAGCCAGCUUCGUUGCUCCGAGGAGAGUGACGGCCUGAGGCUUGGCUCACCGGUGCCGUGCACCAGGCCGGGGCAGGACCCGUGCUACAGCUCUGAUUUGGGCCCGACUGGUCUGAGUUGGGCACCGUUGCGCCUGGACAGCUACUAUGCAGCAAACAUGUUUGAUGUGAUUGAUUCCCUCGAAUCCAGCCCUUCAGCCUGGGGAUCCGAGAAGGCCAGAAGUCAACCGGUGGCCAUAGCAGAGGAGCUCAGACGCCUGCAGCGAGAACUCGUAGCGAUUGAGCACCGAGUUCAGAAAGGCUCCAAAGUCGAGUCGGCGCUCAAGCCCGUGAAGCAGGCCGGUCAAGUAUCGUCUCCUUGGCUCAAGGCUGCAGUUGGGCAUUGUGCCAGCGAAGAUGAGCUGGAGCUGUCAAGGGAGAUCGAUGAUGUACUCCACCUCCUUCGAGAGAAGGUUUCGGACAAGACUCUGGAAGUUUCUUCUGACGGGCAACAGCGCUUCUACUGA